UUCAGACACUUGUGACGUUUUCGGGACAGGCUAUCAGUGCCUGCGUGUUCACGAGUCUACCGGCACGAUACUCUCGCCUCAAAAAGUAUUAUAAAUUAUUCGUUAAUUGUUAAAUUGACAAUUUGUGAAGAUGAGGUGGAUUUUGAGCACUUCGGUGCUUGCACUCUUGCUGUGCUUUCUAGGGGUGAAGUCACAGUACAGAACUAAAGCUAGUCAAAGUUUACCACUGGCUGAGCGAGUGCAACAAUUAACAGACAUGGCAAUGAAGAGACCAGUGCUGAAGUUCAAUGGAGCCAAGUUUAAGGAAUAUAUCAAAGCAACACCAAGGAAUUAUUCCAUCAUUGUCAUGUUCACUGCCAUGGCACCACAGAGGCAGUGUCAAAUUUGCAGUCAUGCGAAUGAAGAAUUCACGAUAGUAGCCAACUCAUUCCGCUACUCGCAGUCCUACUCGAAUAAAUUGUUCUUCGUUUCUGUUGAUUUCGACGAGGGGUCCGACGUUUUCCAGAUGAUGAAAUUGAACACAGCUCCCGUGUACAUGCACUUCCCCCCAAAAGGCAAGCCCAAAGCAGCGGAUACUAUGGACAUUCAGAGAGUUGGAUUCGGGGCUGAAGCAAUAGCAAAAUGGAUAUCAGAACGCACUGACAUUCAAAUCCGCGUUUUCAGACCGCCAAACUACUCUGGAACUGUUGCCCUCGUCAUGCUGUUGGUUCUAGUCGGGGGAUUUUUGUAUUUGAAGAGAAAUAAUCUCGACUUCAUUUAUAAUAAAACUAUGUGGGGAUUUGGAGCUCUGUUCUUCACGUUAACGAUGAUAUCAGGACAAAUGUGGAAUCACAUAAGGGGGCCCCCGUUCAUCCACAAAUCACCCAAUGGAAAUGUGGCUUACAUCCAUGGUUCUUCACAGGGACAAUUUGUUCUUGAAACUUACAUCGUGAUGGUGCUGAAUGGAGCAGUAGUAUUAGGUAUGAUUCUAAUGACUGAAGCAGCAUCGCGAAAGGGGGACGUGAAGAAACGCCGAAUUUUCGCUGUGAUUGGUGCUGGUCUACUGGCUGUAUUCUUCAGCCUCCUUCUCUCCAUAUUCAGGAAUAAAGCUCAGGGAUAUCCUUACAGUCUUCUCUUCAAGUAAAUGGAAUUGCAGUGGCUGUUAAAAGAUUUAUUUCACUGUUCAUAAUAUUAUUGCCGUAACAAAAUAUAAUAAGUUGGUUCUCAAUUAUUAAAGUGGAUGAAUGGAAUGACAUUAUUAGGAACAACAUUUGUGUAAAUUGAAAUACAUGUUCUUUUCCACCCGUU